ACAUUAAUAGGCUGAUGAUGAUGAUGAAAGAAAGGUAAUUCAAUACUUUGUGAGGAUUUAUUUGAAACAAUAAUAUUUUAGGGUAGGUUCCCUUUUUUAUUAUAUUGACUUUUGUACUUAAAAUGUUAACCCCAAAUAGCUGUAUGAGAAUUGCACUUGUUUGUUGUAGUUGCUGUAUACACCUAUUUCAGAAGGGUGCUGUGAUCCAAUUUUCACAGCUACUAAAAAUAAAAAAAAAACUGAAGUCAAUGUCGAAGAACUUUUUUAGUAUUAUCUUCAAUGAAUUUAUUGAAAAGUUAGCAGUUUUAGUCACAUGUUAAUUUCAAAUUAAUCCAGUUGAGAACAAUCAUUCAGAUCAAAAACUUAACGCAAAAUAUGUAUAUAGGGAUGGCUCUGGUAUUGAUAUUGUGGGUCUCAUGCAAUAGGGGUCUAAAUGUAUAAACACAUCUUUACAGGACACACAAAAACUAUAUAAUUAUAUUUUGUUCUCGCUUACCAAUUUGAAUGUAGAUAGAACUAAGGAAAAGCAUAAAAGUUUGGUAUGAAGUAAAACCUAUUAGGGAUUAAAUAAAUAGUAGUUUUGGUACUUACGCCUCUAUUUCACAAUAAAUUUGUUACCAAUAUAAUAAUAUGUGUUUAAGAUUUUUGGUAUAUUAAAAAAAACUAGGGAAGACAAACUGAAUAGGGUAUUUGACAGUAUUAAAAAUAAAAUACCAAUAGGCUAGUCGACUCAUGUCGAAUUGUAUUGAAUAAAUAUUUAUUUCUUAAAGUAUUUGGUCUAAGGAACCUAAAUAUAUCGAUUUCACUUCAUAAAAGCAGAAGAUUGCCGUAGAAAUUUAAUUUAAAAAAAAUAUUUUUAGUCUAUAUAUUUUAAACACUAAAAACGCUGUUCGCCACAUCCGCCAUGAUUGUGACGUCUCUUUUAGUAAACAACUAAAUGUCAUUCAUACAUAACUUUAAAACUUGUAUUAUUAAAACUGAUAAUAAAUGAAGAGACUUAAAAUAUUAUUCAAUGAGUACUUACAUCAAAGUGAUCUUCGCAAAAAUAAAUUUUACUAUGAGUCGAUAAAGUUGCAGGAUCACAUUUAGCAAGUUCUAACCAGGUAUUGCGUAGGUUAAUUUUUUUCGGCACUUUAAUGCACAACUUUCCUGGAGUCUUCAAGGUUUUUACAUUCUCGUACAAUACAAUAAUGAUAAUUACUAUAUUUUGCGUGGUAUCUAUUAGAAAUCAUGUUUAUUUUAUUAUUAUAAACUCAGAUAGGUUAUUUUCUACGUGCUUACGAGUUUUUGUUUACUACCGUCAACGUCAUAGCAUAGAUAAUCUAUAGACUAAAAUGGCCGACAGCGAUUUUGUAUGUCCAUGAAAAGUCUAUUUUAAAAUUAAAGAUUUGUAACUUUCUAGGUCUCAAAAAAAUACAAUACAUUUUUUUUCGGUCUAAUAGAACAUUUAUUAACCAUUUAAAACCUUUUUCCAAAAAGGGUCAACUAGCCUAUUGUUAGCAUCUGCAUUUAGAAUGAAUAUUGGCAGGGAUUUUCACUAUUUCUACAGAAAAAAUAUUCAUAAUUUGACUAAAAACCCACAAAACAGAUGAUAGUUUUCUUAUCUAUUGUGACCUAAAGCGCUUGGGAUUGGCAGAGCCUACCGUCACACGCAAGUAAACUUCCGGUUAAAGUGACAUUACAUUGUAUCAUUUGACGUUUAAAUAACAGUCGUGUGAUGUCACACGCCAGUGAGACCAUAUUGUCCAGAGAAACGUUUUCGCGGCAACUUGUAAAUGGAGUUUUUGAUUUGGUUAUUUUUACUGAAAUAAACAACAGAAUGAUGAAUAUCCAUCUUUAUACGGACUCCAUAAACAUUAGUAAAUAACGUGAGAUUGUUUUCUAAAACUUGUCAAAUACCCUAUUGUAAAAUAAUAGAAAAUCACAUUAUUGAAUGAGAUCUGCGAUAUGGACAACAACAUAAUGUUUAUUUUGCGAUAUCAAUUAAUACAUUUUUGAUUCUCCAAUUUAACAAUUCAUAGUGUAAACAUGCCACUCCUGGGGAAUCCUUGUAUUUCACAUUUUCAUUCUGCCUUGUUGUCAAUAGUUGCUUUCAAGAUAUAUAAAGCAUAUCUUUGUGCUUUAGACAUUGUGUUACAUUACAUUUUCAAUACUAUAUUCAGUUAAGUAUUCAACUAUAGAACCUUCUAAUUUUGAAUAUGCUUCUGCUGUCGAAAUGUUAGUGACCUGGAUCAGUAUCAGAUUGUUACAUAACUUUUCCAUUUGUUAAUGAUGAUAUAAAACCCUAUUCAAUGAAAACAUCUGGUGAGACUUUAUUUUGUCUCCAAGUAUGUAUGUGUGUAAUAUUAGCUCAAGCACAAGAUAUAUUACAUACUUAGUUAAUUUUUUGAUUAAUUCUUUAAAAAAGGUAUAAAAUGAAAAUCUAUCUAAUUACCUUCAAUAUAUAAAGGUAUAAAAUGUAUCUAAUGACCUUCAGUAAUCAACUAAAUUUCAGAACAUUUGAUGAGAAAAGAAGUUUGGAUUUAAUAUCUGAAAGUUUAAAACUUGGAGUAAAUUAUUUGGAGACUGGUCCAUGGUAUGGUCAGGGGAGUUCAGAAAAAACAAUUGGAAAGGCGUUGCAAAAUGUCCCAAGAGAGUCAUUUUUCAUCGGCAGCAAGGUCGGGCGAUAUGAACUGGCGACCGAAAAGAUGUUCGACUUCACGGCGGAAAAGACUGAAGCUGCAGUAGACAAUACACUAAGUCUCCUCAACUUGGAUUAUGUUGAUUUGAUACAGGUCCAUGACGCUACCUUUGCAUCAGAUACGUCAAUAGUAUUAAAGGAAACUUUGCCGGCUCUAGAAAAAGCAGUGAGAGAUGGAAAAGCCCGGUACAUCGGCUUAGCGGAUUACGACAUUGAUCUCAUGAAAGAGAUCAUCGAGGAAUCAGACGUAAAAAUCUCUUCGGUUCUCUCGUAUGCAAAGUCGACACUUUUCGAUAACCGAUUGCAGAACUACACCAAAUAUUUUAAGAGCAAGGGCGUGUCCGUGAUCAAUGCAGCUGCCACUGGUAUGGGGCUUUUAUCUAAUAAGGGUCCGCAGCCGUGGCACCCCGCGAGUGACGACAUUAAGGCCAUAUGCAGAAGGGCAUCGGAAUAUUGCAAGGAGCGAAAUGUGGAACUCGCUAGGAUAGCCACCUGGUAUACCCUAAAUCAACCGGAUAUAGAUACGAAUGUCUGUGGUUUCUACAACGUGGAGCAAUUAAUCGACACCAUCGAUGUAAUGGAGCAAGGAUUGAGCGAAAAUGAAAAGCAAGUGCUCGCGGAAUUGCAAAUGAGAUUUUUCGAUAAAGUCACACUUCAUUGGGACGACGUAGAACUACCUGCAUACAAAGAUAAACUCAGUCGGUUGCAAAAUUAAUAGAAUUUAAUUUAGUUUAAGUCAACCAGUAACGAUACCAAUAAUCCAUACCAGACUGUGAUAAUGUUCUAAUGAGCGCGUUAACUUUACAGAGUAAUUCGUGAUCGGCGCAAAAAAAGUUGAAUUCUAGAUGUAUUUUUGAAGUGAAACUUCUUUACGCACGCUUGACUUGGGGUAGGCGAAUGCGUUACGCGUUACGAAAAGUGUGUUCGUGCGAUGCGAACGGGAGUUGAGUGGGGGAUAUAAGCAAGAGAAAGCAGUGCGCGCGCACAUUUUCUUUCUCACUUUCUCUAAUAGCUAGUAAAUGAAAUAUGUAUAUCUUUAUAUAUAUAAUUCUUCUGUGAGUGUGUAUGUCACUGAACUUGUCUUAAACGACUGGACCGAUUUUGAUGAAAUUUUUUGUGUGUGUUCAAGGGGAUCUGAGAAUGGUUUAGAUUCACAAAGACGUGUAGACAGGACAACGUCUGUCGGGUCCGCUAGUAUAUAUAUAUGGAGCUAAAGAAGUUUCACUUCAGUCGAGUGGUCAUAAGCACACUAUUUAUAUGUGUAGUAGCGCUAAUUGGAAUCAACAUAUUUUGGACCAGUCAUUGUAUUUAGUCGCCCUUUUGGCUCAAGGGUUAUUACGCCCCUGACCAUAGAUACAUUGUGAUAUAUCAAUGUGACCAUGGGUCUGACCAAAGUCGCACUUGUACUUUAAGGCUGAGCGCAGAUUAGAGUCACGACAGUCUCAAGACAGACUAUUGCUUAACAAAAAUUAUGAAGAUGCGCACAUUCGAAACGAGACGUCUCAUAGACAAAAAAGUCUUAUGUACACAAGAACUGCAAAGCGACAAGUCUGACUAACGACUAUCCGCUUCCCUUUGAAAUGUAUGCGAGGGCGCACACCAACGACAAAAUUGUCUAGCGAUUAGGGAUGAUAAUCGAUACUGAAAGAAAGUAUAAUACAUACGAUAAAAUAAGUAAUAUGUGGGUCCAUAAAUUUUGACAAAUUAUCAAAGAUAGAUUGAUACAUUCAUUCGAAAUUACUGGUAAAACUUUCUGGGCUGGUGCCUUAAUUUCUAUAAAAUAAAUAAUCGGUGAAAUCUAUUCUGAUACUGAUGAAAAUGGUGUGUGUCGCAUCGUAGACAAAACAGUUUCGUCUUAGUGUGUGCCUUGUGGUAGACACAACUGUUUCUCUUUAAUUGUAAAACUGUCUCGUCUAUGUAAGACAAGAUUGUCUAACAACUGUCGUGACUCUAAUCUGCGCUCAGCCUAAGGUGACAGUUUUCUUAUGCAUUAGGCGAGUAGCAGUGUUGAUUUGUAACAUCAUCAAUAUUUGUAUUCUAUCAGCCAUAUCAAAAACAAACGAAAAAUCUUGCUAAAUAUUAAAAUAAAGAUAAUGCAUACUAUCCUUUUUUAAAUGUAUAUUUUUAUAAUAAUAAAUGUAGGUCAAAGUGUGAAAUGUAAGUAUCCCCAAAGAUAAAUGAGUUAUGUUUACGUUAAAGUUUAAAUAAUUUUGUUUACGUGCAAUCAUAAAAUUAAAAGGUUAAAGAAACGUGGUCUGCUGUCGAUUGUUUUUGUAUUUAAAUUAACAAUUGUUAGUAUUUUACAAUAACCGAUGUAUUCAAGAGAUAAUUCGCGCUAGAUAGUAGAAGAUCCGAACCUUCAUCGAGCUGAUAAUAGAAUGAAACAUAUUUUAUCAUGACUUUAUAUUACAAAAUAUAUUAAAAAUUGGUUGCCUAAAAAAUCCUGGACAGACAAUUUUUAAUUAAUUAAAUAAAAUAUUUGUAAAAAAAUAUUAUGCUAUAUCACGAUAACAAGAAAAUGUUGAAUAUACUAUAUUCAUGAUAAAAUAUGUUUUAUUCUAUUAUCAGCUCGGUGAAGGUCGAUUUAGGUUCGAACCUUAGACCAAGAGUACUCUGACGUAAUAAGAUAUUUUCUUAUGUAAUUGUUCACUAAUAACUACUCCGUAUCGUUGUCGUCAUUAUCCAAGAUUGUAUUUAUGUGAGAAAACAAAAGUUACAUAUAAUUUUGUGAUUAAAUGUUGUCAAUACCUACAAGGUAUCCUUACCUACAUUAUAAACUAGCGGCCGCCUGUGACGUCGUUUGCGUAAACUUUAGUCUUUUGAAAAUUCCUCAGGAACCUGAUAUUUUCUCUGGGAUAAAAUAAAGUAUCCUAUGUCUCAAACCAGGUCAUAAACUAUUAGUGCCCCAAAUUUUAUCCGAAUCCAAUCAGUACUUUUUGUGUGAUUGAGUAACAAACACACAAACUUUCACAUUUAUAAUAAUAGUAGGAUGUUAAAGUUUGCGUGUUUGUAUGUUUGUUACUCAAUCAUGCGAAAACGUCUGGACGGAUUUGAAGGAAAUUUGGCACAUAUUUAGUUUAUUACUUGGAUUGAGACAUAGGAUACCUACUUUUGAUCCCGAAAAAAAUUUAGGUUCCCGAGGUAUUCUCUAAAAACAAAAUUUCACGCGGUAGAAGUCGCGAGCGGCCGCUAGUUUUUAAUAUGUAUUAUAUGCAUUGUUUUAAAAGCACAAAGAGAGAUUUUUAUUGUAAAAAUAAAUAAAAAAAAGACUGAGAGACCACAUUUUCCUUUGUUAUUCUUAUUAAACUUUGAAAUGUUUCGUCCUAUGUGCAUCAUGUAACGUGCAAUUUGUGAUUUGAUAGAUUGCAGUGAAUAGUAUUUUAUAACUUUUAAGGAGCGCAAAGACAGCUUUGUCUUUGUAAAAAUACCUAAGUAUAUAAAAUUAAGAUAGGAAUCCAGUUACCCUUUGUUCUUAUCAAAUUUUGGUAAACUCUACAAAUAGUAUGUAAUGUAACCGAUCUUUGAUUAUAGACUUACACGCCUAGAUAGAGCAACCCCAAUAAACCACGCAAAGAUAACGUCUCUUGUUACGCACAAUGUGUGCUCUUAUGUAAGUUGUUUGAAAGCUGUCAAUUGUGUUUGUGUAGCGAUGGGCGUAUCUAAGAUAUGUACCUAGCAGAUAUUUUUGGGCCGCUUUCGUGCAGUUAAUACGGUAUUUAGGUGUGUAUAUAAUCAAACUUCCUACAAUCUGGGGUCCUUUAACAGUCAGCAAGGUGAGGAUGGUUGUUGUAGCAAUUUAUAACUGCACCAGCUAUCUUCGCGUUUGGACUUUAUCACCACUUAAAAUCAGGAGGGGUAGAGUCAUUUACCUGCCUCGCUAUAAAAAAUAGGUAACGAUAAUGUGAAUAUAUCGUGAUAAUGUAACUUGUAAAAUAGUGAUAUAUAUUCUUAUAAAUUUUCCGCGUAUGUGUAAUAGAGAUGUCAUUUAAAUUUUGUAAAUAAAGUUAUAUUUUACUUUCAGAGUUUCAUUCACUCCACUAGAAUAUCUACCACCGAAGCGGAUGGUGCUAAACCCAUUGUUAUUAAUGCAAAAUGGCAUCCUUUGUUAUCUCGCUAUCGCACCAGCGCCGGGAGUGUAUUGCUUCUUAGAGCACUGCUUUGAUAUUUUAAAUGGGGCAUUUCUUUUAACAAAGAGCACAAUAUGUCAAAAAGACGCCAUUUUGACAAGUGUUGUAAAACGCUUCCCUGAUGUUUACGCCGCUGCAGGGGCAAACCUAGUUUUCUUUUCUGGUAAAACCAAGGGCGGCUGUCGCGAGUGUUAGUGUUGCAAAUUAUUAAUUAUUAGACUUGCAACGAAUACUAUAUUCGGCAGUAUACCGAAUAUUCGGCGAGGCCCCUGACCGAAUUCUAAUCUGCCGUCGUCAAGCUAAAAUGCGGCUAAAUGACAAAACCAACUUUUGAGAUAUGGCCAAUAUCGGCGCGUAUACUUUAAAUUAUUGCUAUUAUGUAACCAUUCAUCACAUGACUGAAUGAAUUAAAUACUGUUAACUUGUUUAAUACAGAAAAUGAUUAAACUAUGUAUCUGUUUUAUGUACCAAUGACUACUUAAUAAAUGAUUAUAAAAGAAAUGAGAAAUUUUGAUUACCACAAUAAUUCAAAUACAUAGAAUCCCCCAUUUUUCCAAUUCAGAAGAUGAUUAUGUGCCUGUGUUAUGUACC